UCAUGCAUUACUACCAUUUCCUUGUUUAAACACCAUCUGAUUCCAACCCUUUCUCGUCAAUCUUCUCGCUCACUGUCACACACGAACACACAUACUCGAACUGCAGCCAUGGUUUUUCUUUCCCACCAAGCUGCAUUAAACGAAUCAUUUAUCGUGAAGCCAUGCAGACCCUCAGCCAUGUUCACGGGGGUCCCAGAGGUUGAUCUCUCGGACCCUCGGGCCAAGACUCUCAUAGUCAAGGCCUGCCAACACUUUGGUUGCUUCAAAUUAGUUAACCACAGUGUUCCACAGAGUUUGGUCACCAAUUUGCAAAAUGAAGCACUCAAGUUUUUCAGGCUACCACAGUCUAAGAAAGACAAGACAGGGCCUCCUGACCCUUAUGGCUAUGGCAGCAAGAGAAUUGGCUCGAAUGGUGAUGUGGGUUGGCUCGAAUACCUCCUCCUCAACGCCAAUCCUGAUGUUAUUUCCCCAAAGUCACUUCUCCUUCUUGAACAAAACUCAGAAAAUUUCAGGCUGACAAGGGAUGAGAGAAGUGAUUGCUGUUUGAGGGUUAAUCAUUACCCGGCAUGUCCAGAGCUUGAAGAAGCUGAAAUAUUGAGUGGAGGAAGUUUAAUUGGGUUUGGUGAACACACAGACCCUCAAAUAAUAUCUGUCGUGAGAGCCAACAACAUAACAGGACUUCAAAUCUGUCUCCAAGAUGGGACUUGGGCUUCAAUUCCACCGGAUGACACUUCUUUCUUUGUCAUUGUUGGUGACCUCUUGCAGGUUAUGACGAAUGGGAGAUUUAAAAGUGUAAAGCAUAGGGUAUUGGCUAACUCGAGCACGUCUAGGUUGUCAAUGAUCUACUUUGGAGGACCACCCUUAGAUGAAAAGAUUGCUCCUUUACCUUCACUCGUGUCAAAGGAAGAAGAGAGUUUGUACAAAGAAUUCACAUGGAAAGAAUACAAGAAUGCUGCGUACAACUCAAGGCUGUCUGAUAAUAGGCUCAGCCUCUUCGAAAAAUCUUGUAAAUAGAAAAUCACUUAUGUUUCUCCAUUGUGAUUGUAUAUCGUGGUAAGAACUGGUUUCAAAGAGUUCACUCUCUACUUGAACAAACAUGUGAGGAAGGA